UCUGCAUCUCAGUCCAUCUCCUCUCCAGGGAAAACAGAUCUAGUUUGCAGUCUGCCGAGACUACACCAGCCGUAACAAUGUCAAGAAUGUCUACCUAUGGUACGAGUGGAAGCCUGGCCGGAGGCAUGGGUGGAACCAUCAUGUCACGCAGGAGCCACAGUGUGUAUGGAGGUUCAGGUGGUACUGGGGCUAAAAUCUCCGUGGCCAGUUUUGGAGGAAGAGCAAGUGGUGGAGGCUACAGCUCUGGUGGAGGCUUCAGCUCUGGUGGAAGCUACAGCUCUGGUGGAGGCUACAGCUCUGGUGGAGGCUACGGAUCUGCUGGAGGCUAUGGAUCUGCUGGAGGCUACGGCAUGGCGGACAGCAUGGACAUUGGGACCAACGAGAAGGCCACCAUGCAGAACCUGAACGACCGUCUGGCCACCUACCUGGAGAAGGUGCGCAGUCUGGAGAAGGCCAAUGCUGAACUGGAGCUCAAGAUUCGCCAGUUCCUGGAGAGCAAAACCGCUCCAAGUUCCCGUGAUUACUCUGCAUUUGAGGCCACCAUUGCCGAACUGCAGGGAAAGAUCCAGGACGCCACCAGUGUCAACGGAGGCAUCUAUCUGGCCAUUGACAAUGCAAAACUGGCAGCAGACGACUUCAGAACCAAGUAUGAGAAUGAGCUUGCCAUGCGUCAAUCAGUGGAGGCAGAUAUCGCUGGUCUGAAGAGACUAUUGGAUGAACUGACACUGGCCAGAUCAGACCUGGAGAUGCAGAUUGAAGGCCUCAGGGAGGAGCUGAUCUUCCUCAAGAAGAACCACGAGGAGGAACUGGCAGCCAUGAGAGGCCAGAUGAGUGGACAGAUCAACGUGGAGGUGGACGCAACGCCACAGCAAGAUUUGAACGCUAUUAUGUCUGAAAUCCGUGAGCAGUAUGAGGCAGCGGCUGCCAAAAACCAGAGAGAGCUUGAAGCAUGGUUCCAAUCAAAGACAGAGGUGCUGAACAAGGAGGUGGCAGCCAGUACAGAAAGUAUUCAAACAUCAAAGUCAGAACUCACUGAGCUCCGCCGCUCUCUACAAGGCCUGGAGAUCGAGCUACAAUCACAACUUAGCAUGAAAGCAGCACUGGAAGGCACAUUGGCAGACACAGAGAAUCGGUACUCCAUGCAGCUCAUGGGCCUGCAGAACCAGGUGACGGGCUUGGAAGAACAGCUGAUGCAGCUGCGUGGUGAAAUGGAGCGCCAGAGCCAAGAGUACCAAAUGCUGCUCGACAUCAAGACACGACUGGAGAUGGAGAUUGCAGAGUACAAGAGGCUGAUGGACGGCGAGGGUAGCAGUGGAAGUUCCUCUUCUUCAAGGACCACAACAAAGGUUAUGGUGGUCACAGAGGAUGUGGUCAAUGGAAAAGUGGUUUCCUCUACUAGGACCACCUCAUAAUCUGUUCCACGCAGCAAAAACAAGAAAGGCAACACCUGAAAGCCACAAACGAAACAGCAGAAACAAACACAUCCUUCACAUACACAUGUGAAUGCAAUAAAAUGGCUUUCAUUUUGACAACUACAA